UUUUUCCCCAUCUACUUGUACGCUCCUUCCUUAGUAACACAACCAACUUUACACGAAAAUUGAAAUUGGACCCAGCAUACUAUUAUGUGUGCGACGGCGUUCCAUAGAUCUGGACGCGAAAAACAUAGUGACUUUGUUUCCGGGUACGUACAGCAGGCGAAAUGGUGUAGCUUUUUCAGUGAGAAGUUGUUCUGGAAGACAUAUAUUUAGUUGCUAGAGCCUAGGCCCACUUGGUGUUUAACAUGAGUUCCAACGGCAAACAUGGUGUCCCUAAGGGACUAAACAAAGAAAAGCUGUGCCAAAAACUUACAGAAGAAAUCACUAAACUAAAAGAAAAGUCGUGUGGACGUGGCCUGUCUAAUGCAGAAGUUGUCGACUUUCUCACCCGUUUAAGACAUCCUCGGCGUGAACCCGCUGGCAUCGGAGCGAAGGUUCGGUGGCUUGCACUUACCGUCUUCUUCCCUAUCGCAGUAGGACUCCUGCUCAUCUACGCUCGUCACGAGAUCGUUGCAUACUUCGUCGAGGACCCUUGCCUGAUCGGCAGCAAUUUUAUCCUGUCCGAGGUGGGCAGGCCAUUGGCGUCGUGCGAGCUGUGUCGCAACCUGACGGCUGUGCCGGUGUACGACACGAUCACACCGGCUGAGUUUGUGGCCAAGCACGCUUACAACAUCCGACCGGCUCUCAUCACCGGGGCUACUACGACGUGGACUGCCAUGGAGACGUUUAGCUUCAAUUACUUCAAGGAACUCUAUACAAGCCACCCCGAAGCUUUGCAGGCGGUCGAGGAGGAAUGUCAGUUUUUCCCGUACAACACGGAGUUUACAUCACUGGAAGAAGCCUUCAAAAUGUCUCCGGAAAGAGCAGCUCUCAAAGAAGGGGAGAGAAAUUGGUAUUUUGGCUGGAGCAAUUGUGAUCCCCUGGUGGCUGCCGAGCUUCGCCGGCAUUACCAGAGACCCUACUUUCUGCCAGACAGCUCUGAGUCUAGUGCUCUGGAUUGGAUAUUCAUGGGAGGGGCAGGCAGAGGAGCUGGAAUCCAUCUAGACAACGUGGCCAAACCGUCGUGGCAAGCUCAGUUAUCCGGCAGGAAGACGUGGACGCUGAUUCCAUUACCGGAGUGUGAAGAUAUCUGCCACACACUGAAGGUGACGGUCAACACAGGCGAUAUCAUUGUCCUGGAUACCAAUCAGUGGUACCACACCACGCAAAUCCAUCCAGGUAAAAUCAGCAUCACCAUCGGCUCCGAGUUUGACUGAAGACUGGUGCCCAAGCAUCUUGGACAACUCAGCCCUGCUUCCUACCACAGUCUGCUGCUUGCCAUUGGCAUGGAUUCCUGCUAGCUGCCGUAAUAUUUAUCUGUCUUUGUCUUUGCAGCCAUCUCCGUUUGUACUGGACGGUUUGAAGUAGUACACAGUAAAGAAAUUUGCUAAGCUCAGAAAAUGUUUCCGUUGCAAAAAAGGUUACCAGCCAAGGUUCCAUGCAAAAUAUCUUGAGAUACUCAAGACUGCUUGUCUGCUAAUUUUCACCACCUUUUUUUCAAUAUUAAACAGAAAUACAUAGACUCUCGUGAAACGAAUGUAGAUUAUGCUCAGUUCAGGCUAAACAACACAUCUGUGAAAAAUGGUGACAAUUUAUCACCAGUCCCCAAAGCUGCAUAUUCCUAUGUGGAUUGUCACAUCUUCCACUUAAAACCCUUUUGGCAUAUUUACUCCGCACUUUACUAACUGAGCCCUAAUAUCCAUGUCAUCUUUGGUCUAAGGUGCCCAGUUAUGGUUUCCAGUUUCCAUAUUUUUUUUGUUUUUGGUUCAUUUUUUUCCCUGUCUUAUCCACCUGUGUUUGUUUUGGAAUAGUAAAUUGCCAGCCACACCAUUAAGUGUUGGCUUCUGGUGGGACUCCACAGUGGGUCCGUCCUGGGGAGAAGAGAGCAGCACUGCAGUAUUGCGACCCUGCUGGCUGACGACAGAAAACCUCAAUAAAUUGAUUUUAACACAACCACUUAAGCUUGUCCAACAUCCGUUGAUUGCACGUGGCAACAGACAUUGUAAAGCCCAUAGGGAAAUCUGCACUUUACCCAAGUUGACUUAUCUCCCCAGUCCAUUAAUGUACUUCGCAUUUCUGAAAUGUGUGCGUAUGAUUGGGCAGUUAAAUAGUGGUCCCUAUUGACAUUAUACUAAAAUGGGAACAGACAUGUAUAAUGGUCAAACCAUGGUCGAACAGACUUACUGAAAUUGAGAAAUUAUAAUGCAAAGCAAGAUGUUGGAACAGACUGUCUGUACUAACUCUGUAUUUUCCUACAGAAACUGUGUUAAGCAAAUGGCACAUUGUAUCUCAUUAUUGUUGCUUGUAAACCUUGUCAUUUGUUUGUGCAUUAUGUUCAGUUGAAGUAACAAAAGCGCUCAGAAUCUACAAAAAGGUGGAGCCUGAGCUCAGUGAAUGCUGUACAUUCCAAGAAAAACAAUAUACUAAGAUUCCGAUUUCAAAUCAGAGGCUGCAGAGUCAUCCGUUGUACCCAAAUUCAGCAUCCGGGAUACGCUCUCAUUCAGCCAAUUGCAGCUACAUGAUUAUCCCCACUAAACCAAUGAACUGUAGCAACCCCGUGCACUGUGCAUCUUGUCAAUGCUUCCAUGCACUUCCCACCUAUAAAAAUUAACUGCCACUACCGACAGCAGUUUCCAAAGUGUGUCUGUAGACACAUCACUGGAAAUGGCCUUUUAUUGAUUUCAUCUGUAAAUGACAGCUUGCUUGAAAGAAAUGCAUCUUUAAACCAAGUAUGCUUUAUAAGAGUAAUUUCAUCAGCUACUUUAUGGAAAGCUGCAAAUGUGACACUACUUUUAAUUGUACUUUAUUACAACUUAUGAAGUCAUGUACAUGUAUACUCUCUUUGUUGAAUGUGCAGAAUUAGAGCCGCAGGCUCUAGUGACUGGAGCAAUUUUAGAGGACAGAGCACUGCCAAGAGAUGUGACAAUCAAGCUAGACUUUUGGGGGAGGGGGCGCAGUGCAUUAUGGGAAAGGUCAAUAACUUCCUGAACUGUUGGAGUGUAUGCAUUUUCCACCUUCUCUGAAAUUACAUAGUUGUGUGAAGACUUUCAGAACAGGUGCUUCUAUUUUGUAUUAAAUGUGUGUUGGUUGCUUGUGCCUGAAAGGUGCAUACGUGUAGAUAACACUGGACUAUUCACAGUUUAUUGGCAUACAUGUAAACAUUGAAAAUUAAAGUAUUUUUCUUUCCAAUUGAU